AUGGAUGACAAUUACUCAACUAUUCAGGGCGCGAUGGCGUCGCUGACGAUACGACAAUGGGUAGUUGUUACUAUUGUCUCUUGGUUUGUCUACAAGAUCGUAGAGGCUUUGUACAACAUCUCACCACUUCACCCGCUGAGCAAGGUCCCUGGCCCGAAGCUGGCGGGAGCAACUUAUUUGCCCGAAUUUUACCAUGAUGUGAUUCUUGUCGGCCGCUAUACACAUGCUAUUCAAAAGAUGCACGAAAAAUAUGAAGGAAAAGGACCAAUUGUCCGCAUUAACCCAAAUGAGACACACUGUUCCGACAUGGCAUUCUCCGAUGAGAUCUACGCUGUUGGUGGACGUAAGCGUGACAAGCCCUUCCACCAAGUCAAUGGCUCAGCAGCUGGAACUGGCAACGCCUUUGGCACACCUGAUCACGAUGUUCACCGAGCUCGACGUGGUCCCGUAGCCAAAUUCUUCUCAAGGGCCAUGAUUGCGCGACUUGAAGAAGAAGUACACGAGCUUGCCCAGACUCUCUGCAACAAACUACUGGCCGAAAGCAGUGGUAAAGAAAAGAGCGAACCUAUCGAUGUUGCACACGCAUACAGUUGCUUCACCUCCGACGCCAUCUCUAGAUAUUGCUUCGGUGAAGCCUUUGGCCUUUUGUCACGCGAUACCUGGCGACCUACUUUCCGUGAGGCCACCCUAGCAGUUCUCAAGCCUGUGUUUUGGUUUCGAUUUUUCCCGUUCCUGGUUGGAAGCGUCAAGUAUGGUAAGCAUUUCGUCGACUAUCUGCCCGCGGAUGCUGCUAUGCUUGUUCGAACUCUGCAAAUCGAUAUUCCUGCUCGUGUUACAAAGACCAAGACAGACCUCAACUCUGGUAUCGUCUACGAACGACCAACUAUCUUUGCCGAUCUUCUUCAGUCCGAGCUUGACGAGAGUGAGAAGGGAACUGAUCGUCUCGUUCAAGAGGCUGUUACUAUCGUUAACGCUGGAACCGAGACCACAAGCUGGGCAUUGGCUGUUAUUACAUAUUUCCUCCUAUCGCAGCCUGAAACUAUGAGCAAGUUGCGGGCGGAGUUGGCCACUGUUGUCGACGAUCCACGACACCUGCCUUCUUGGACAACGCUUGAGAAGCUACCGUAUCUUGGAUCAGUUGUCAACGAGGGCUUGCGUCUGUCGUACGGUGUUUCCAGCCGUUCUGCUCGUGUCCCCACAACAGAAGAUCUUGUCUACCGCGGAGAGUUCAACAAGCAGCACACUACUGUCGUCCUUCCCCGUGGUUAUGCCAUCGGCAUGUCAGCAGCCAUUUCUCACCACGACGAAUCCGUCUUCCCUGACUCAUACUCUUUCACCCCUGAGAGAUGGAUCGACGAUGAUGGAACAAUUAAAAAGAACCUGGAGCGAUCUAUGCUUGCAUUCUCCAAGGGCAGCCGUGGAUGUCUUGGUAAAAACCUUGCCCUUUGCGAGUUGUACCUUUCUCUUACAGCUCUUGUCAUGAGAGUCAUGCCACACAUGACUCUUUAUAACACAUCCGAGCGUGAUGUCCGAUACGAUCACGACAUGUUUAUCCCUGUGACAGCCAAGGGAAGCACAGGAGUUAGAGUAACAAUUGAAGCUUAA